AUGAAUAUUAUUCACAAGCCGGCAAUUUUGCGAUGGAGGUUGAGUACGAAAGACGAAAGGGAUGGAAAUCUGAUGGAGCUAGAUCAGGAGAAUAGAGCAGAUGUGGAAUAUGUUCAACUUUUUCGGGUGAAAAUAAAACACGCGAGGGGAAAUAGCGAAGGGAAAACUGAUAUACAAGCAGCAAACAUCCCCGAAUACUCAUGGGUGUUUACUUCUGGAUUGGCUGUCAACACUACCAUCGAAAAAAUGGAAGCAUACCUUCGUUUCGGAUUGUGUUUCAGUCCCAACGGACAAGAAAGAUACUAUAAUGGACCCCAACUCACGGCCGAAGGGGGUCAAAGUAGUCAAGUUUUUAAACUUGAAGAAGCUAGUGUCUCAAAAGGGACAGGAAUCAAAAAUACCCAAGGAGAUAUAGAAACUACCUUGAGUCUUCUACACUAUAAUGUACGUUCACUGAGAAAUAAAGUGGACAAUCUAGAAGCUGCUCUGGGUGAUGCAAAUAUUGACAUAGUUUGUCUAACUGAGCACUGGUUGAUAGAAGAAGAAUUGGCAGUCCUUAGCCUGGAUGGAUACAAGGUGGCUACCUACCUUUUCUACCCGUGGUGGGGAUACUGUGAUAUUCCUGAAAAAAUUAUUUUGCUUUGGGAAAAUUGA